AAGGACACGCAGUUCCCAGCUUUUCCCUGUCAGCGUGUCAUUGGACAGCAUGGUGGCAAAGUUCAGGGAGCAUUUAGAGGAGCCUUUAGGUGCAGAUGUCCUUGCACCGAGCACUAAACCUGUACCUGCUACGAAUGGGAACAUGACGUCAAUGGUUAAACUGGGACCGACCGCGAUCUCGCCAUUUGGCGAGAAAUUAGCAGCCCCGCAGCGAUCGUGGUCUUAUUCCUCCUCCACCACCUGUUCUACUACCACCACCUCUUGUCGUUCCUCCAACAACCCUACUAGUAUCACCACUCCUUCCUCCACCUCCUCCUCCUCCUCCUCCUCUCUCUACUCCUCCAGCCUACCUCCUAACAGCCACGCCACCUACCAUCAGUACUGCUGUCCCGCGCGCCUCCGCCUGCCCAAGCCUCCCUGCGCCCUGCCCCCCGCCAAGCACCACGAGCAGGCAAGAGAGGAAGAAGAUGAUGACAUCGCCCAUCAGUUCUGUUGCCCCGCCUCCGAGUGCAGUAGCCCUUCCUCUAGGUAACCAGGGGCGACCACGAGACACUCCCCGCCCCACACAGCUCUCCCAGGGUAAAUCGAGGGGUACAUGAACCCCUGUCCUCCCUCCACCGUUGCUGUCUCUCUCUCUCUCUCUCUUUCUCUCUCAUCCUUUGACCGCCAAACAGCAAGAAAACUGUGGAGUUAAAAAAAAACAUGAAAUUAGAAGAAAAGGAGGAAAUUCGGGAAUUCUUCUUUUAAAACUCUUCCUCAUUAAAAGCCUGUCUGUGGAGAAAACUGGAGCUUUAAAAGAAAACGAUGAAACCGGCUUUGCAACUUUGCUGCUCAUCUGAUUUGUUUCUCUUUUCUUUUAAAUCUGGAGACACCUUUUCUUAAAGAUUUACAAAACCAAACCCUGAGUCAGACACUAAGAGUUGCUCUGCAGCUUUAAAACCAACAGGAUUGAUCAUCACCUCUGCAGUCUGACCUUCCCGGAGACGCUCACACCUGCUUCGGCUGGUUCACUCGGUGGCUCAGCUGAACGCCGGCAACGAGUCUGCAGAUUUGUGCAUAAUUUGAACUCGCCAGAUGAUUUACGACCUCCGUCUGAAAGCAAACUCUUCCCCUCGGCUCCUAGUCCGGGUCACAACGGGGACGUUAACAGUUUAUCCUCCCUGUCCGAGCAUGAAGCUACGACCCUGCCGUUUCCUGGCAACGCUGUGUCCGGAGCCUGCUGCGAGCAGAGUUCGGCGAGGGUCGGACGGUGCUUGAUGCAGCAGUAAGCUGCGGGGCCAUCUACGAUGGCGUCAAAACAUCGGCAGCUGGUGGAGCAGCGGUCGUGUCCCGACUCCGUGUACGCAGGGCUCUGGUUGUCGCACGGCACGUUGUCACCGCGCUGAACUCUUUGGAACGAAGGACCGAAGACUCGUCUGGUCGCAGUGGGACUGAUAGUUUGUUAGCAAGUUCACGAACGGUACGAGCCACUCUGGCAGGUAACCCCGCAUCAAUCGGAGGUCCUCUUCAGCGGACGCAGCCUGGUCCACCGGCUGCACAGCGGCUUCAGCGACCAGCCGCCUGAGUCAUGAGUUUGCUCUGUUUUGUAGUCGUUAGCAUCCCUACAUACUGCAGCCUGGGUUCUCCUUAUAACUGCUUCUUUCUUACUUCAAAACCUGCUGGCACACACAUUCAUCACUGGAGCAAGUGUGAGCGUGAAUAAAACUGUACUGUCGUACAUCAGGGAAAGUUUGUGUUCUUGUUUUGCAGUGUGACGUUAAAGGUGACAGAACUUUGGUGUAUAGGUCAUGUGACAGGAAAUGGAUUUACACGUGGCCGUGGUUAGUCAUUUUUUAUCAACCCAAAAAUAAAGCAGCAGUCAUGACAGAAACUCUUCAGUUUUAGGGAGAACCCUGGUGCCUAAUGUGUACAGUGUACUUGGACAGACACACACACACACAUACACACACACACACACACACACACACACACACACAGCAGCUGCAAGAGUUCUCAGAGACAAUAAAAUAAUAUCGGUGAUAUCUGGAGUAUGUUUACAUGCACAUCAGUCCGCUGAUCACUGACAGUGAUCGGCUUUAAGGCAAUAUUUUCAUGGUGUCACAUAGUUACUUAAUAUGCCAUUACCAUAAUCUAGUAUGUUUGAUGAAAAGGUUCUUAAUUCAUGAAUAUGACGACUGCUUCUGAUCUUGUCUUACAUGCAGACCAAGCUCUCCGUUAACGCUGGACAGAUGCGCUCAGCAUGACGUUACGAGAACUGUCUCUGCAGCAUUUGUGCCCCUCGGGGGUCUCUGACAGGACAUAUUUGAGCCUGAAGCCACGGUUUAAAAAUGUCACUUACUGCUGUCAAAGUACCAAAGUAAGAAGCAUCCGCUGGGGCUGAAUGUGAGACCUGCCAGUCAAAAUCAAGGGACUAAAAUGCUGUUUUUCUUGUUAAGAAAUGAUUCAGUUCAGAAAAUGAUAGUAAACAACUGCUAGCUUGCCAUGCUAACUGCUGAGCAAAGCUCCUUAUCUGUGAUUGGCUGAUAUCUCCAAACGUCAGACAUGCCCAGUGUUGAAGUGAUGCAGACAUGUGGCAGCAUCGGGUGGCUUUUGUUGUCAUUUCAACCAUAUGCAGUUAAUAAGGUACACCGUGAAUCACGGAGCUACAAACAAGGUCACAGCCAGAAAGCAGGUAGCUUUCAAGCGGCUAACGUUAGCACCGGUGAACCUAACCUGGAGCUAGCUGUCCCAUCCCUGUCACAUUUAAUUAGCUGUCUGCGCUGAGCUGAGAAGCUUGCUCAGGUAAAACCUCCGUAAAUAGACGCGUCUAAAGAGAAGAACUGUCGGGUUUCAAAGGAGUGAAGCUUGGUCUGCACGUACAGUUGCUCAGAUCAUGAAAAACUAAAAUAAUUGGAUUUCAUAUGACAGCUUCAGGAGUCGCAGUAUUGCCUUAAUAACUACAGUGCACGUAAACACACUCAGUGACUUCCCCUCCGAGUGAGAGGAAGCCGAUGGAGGCGGUGAUGAAGGGAGCAACGGUGGAGCCCUUUGUCUUCUCGUCUUUUUUUCGUGCACUCUUUUAUCCAUCUUCUCUUUGUGUUUGACUCUGUAGCUUUGACUCCUUCAUGCUCCUCCUUUCCUCUCCUCCCUUUUUCCUCUUCCCAAAGAAAGAAAGUAAGAAAGGCAUUCUUCUGAUUCGGUGCCAAGAAAAUCAAAGGAAAGACGAAAAGGAGAAAAGUCUGUGUCAUUGCCAAGUUUGAUAGCAGGGGAUAUUAUCCUCCUGUUGCAGUGCCAAGUUCAAAACAAAAGAGUCUUUGACACCCAAACCCUCAAGCAAGUGUAAUGUUUUAUGAGCAGAAAACUCUGUAUGCUGUAUGAGCAAACCCUCUGACGAGUUCAUCCAGUCAUUUUUUUUAGCUGUAAAGUCAGAUCUGUAUCUUUAUUUCAACGUUGGCUGCCCGCAGUUUUGUCUGUAGCGCCUUUUUGCCGUGUACACGUUUGAAAAGCAAUACAUUUGUUUUAAAAUCUGGUGUGAGAAUCUCCCAGUGUACGUAAACUCAUAUUGAGUGGGAGGGGAUUAAACUGAUGUAGUAGCUGAUUUAUCAAUAAACAAACACGCUUUGAUCCAAAGUUUUAUAUGCAGCAUGACGACAUGUGACACGAUGUCAGAGGUUUACAACACGAAUCCACCGUUGUUACCUAUACAGAAAAAAUGAAUUUAUUAAUAAUUUAACAGUAGACCAGAUGAAAGAAAUGGAUAUUUUAUUUUUUUGUGAAACACGUUUUUUUUUUUUCCGUCCCUGUAUUGAUAAACUUCUCUGCUGGAGGAAGUUCUCAGAUCCUUA